AUGGUCAUUCUGCAGCAGGGGGACUAUGUGUGGUUGGACCUUAAAACGGGCCGAGAGUUUGACGUCCCUGUGGGAGCCGUGGUCAAACUCUGCGACUCCGGACAGAUCCACGUCCUGGACGAUGAAGGCCGGGAACACUGGAUCUCCCCCCAGAAUGCCACCAACAUCAAGCCCAUGCACCCGACCUCCAUCCACGGGGUGGAGGACAUGAUCCGUCUGGGCGACCUCAACGAAGCCGGCAUCCUCCGCAACCUGCUCAUCCGCUACAACGAAUGCGUCAUCUACACGUACACAGGCUCGAUCCUGGUUGCAGUCAAUCCGUACCAGCUGCUGCCCAUCUACACUCCAGACCAGAUCCGCCUCUACACCAACAAGAAGAUCGGCGAGAUGCCGCCGCACAUAUUCGCCAUAGCAGACAACUGCUACUUCAACAUGCAGCGGAACAACAAGGACCAGUGCUGCAUCAUCAGCGGUGAGUCUGGAGCCGGGAAGACAGAAAGCACAAAGCUGAUUCUGCAGUUCCUCGCAGCCAUCAGCGGCCAACACUCCUGGAUAGAGCAGCAAGUCCUGGAGGCCACGCCGAUCCUCGAAGCCUUUGGCAACGCCAAGACGAUCCGUAACGACAACUCCAGCCGCUUUGGCAAAUACAUCGAUAUCCACUUCAACAAGCGAGGGGCCAUCGAAGGAGCCAAGAUAGAGCAGUACCUGCUGGAGAAGUCGCGAGUGUGUCGACAGGCUCCAGAUGAGAGGAACUACCAUGUUUUCUACUGCGUGCUGAAGGGGAUGCCUCCAGAGAUGAAAGCUAAGCUGGGCCUGGGCCUCGCCACAGACUACGCCUACCUCACCAUGGGUAACUGUACGGAGUGCGAUGGCCGAGACGACCUGAAUGAUUACUCCAGCAUCCUGUCGGCCAUGAAGGUUCUCAUGUUCACCGAGACCGAGAACUGGGAGAUUUCCAAGCUGCUGGCCGCCAUCCUGCACAUGGGAAACCUGCGAUUCGAGGCUCGGACGUAUGACAACCUGGACGCCUGUGUGGUUGUCAGAUCUCCUGACCUGGUGACUGCUGCUUCACUCAUGGAGGUGGAGCCGAAGGACGUGAUGGUGUGUUUGACCACACGGACCCUGAUCACUCGAGGUGAAAGUGUCGUCACGCCUCUCAGUGUGGGGCAGGGCCUGGACGUCAGGGAUGCGUUUGUCAAGGGGAUCUACGGCAGGCUGUUUGUCUGGAUUGUGGAUAAGAUUAAUGCUGCCAUAUUCAGACCGCCGUCCUGCGAGAGUAACAUCAUACGCAGGUCGAUCGGGCUGCUGGACAUCUUUGGCUUCGAGAACUUCAUCGUCAACAGCUUUGAGCAGCUGUGCAUCAACUUCGCCAACGAGAACCUGCAGCAGUUCUUCGUUCGCCACGUCUUCAAACUGGAGCAGGAGGAGUACAACCUGGAGGACAUCAGCUGGCAGCACAUCGAGUUCACGGACAACCAGGACGCGCUGGACAUGAUCGCCAACAAACCCAUGAACAUCAUCUCCCUCAUCGACGAGGAGAGCAAGUUCCCCAAGGGAACUGAUGCGACGAUGCUCUACAAGCUCAACUCACAGCACAAGCUCAACUCCAACUACAUCCCCCCUAAAAACUGCUAUGAAACCCAGUUCGGGAUCCAACACUUUGCUGGUGUGGUGCAUUACGAGACCAGAGGAUUCCUGGAGAAAAACCGGGACAGCCUCCACACCGACAUCAUCCAGCUCGUCCACUCGUCCAAGAACAAGUUCAUCAAGCAAAUCUUCCAGGCUGACGUGGCCAUGGGUGCUGAGACGAGGAAGCGCUCUCCCACUCUGAGCAGUCAGUUCAAACGCUCCCUGGAGAUGCUGAUGAGGACUCUCAGCGUGUGUCAGCCGUUCUUCGUUCGCUGUGUAAAACCCAACGAGUUCAAAAGACCCAUGUUAUUUGACAGAGAGCUGUGCAUUCGUCAGCUGCGCUACUCCGGCAUGAUGGAGACCAUCCGGAUCAGGCGGGCCGGUUAUCCCAUCAGAUACACCUUUGCUGAGUUUGUGGACCGUUACCGAGUCCUCAUGCCUGGCGUCAAACCUGCUCACAAACAGGAGGACCUACGAGGGACCUGCCAGCAGAUCGUCCAGGCCCGGCUGGGGAAACAUGACGACUGGCAGAUCGGGAAGACCAAGAUUUUCCUGAAGGACCACCACGACAUGCAGCUGGAGAUCGAGAGAGACAAGGCCAUCACUGACAAGGUCAUCCUCAUCCAGAAGGCUGUGCGCGGACUUAAAGAGAGGACUAACUUUCUCAGAGUGAAGAGAGCUGUGAUUUUUAUCCAAAAGGUCUGGAGGGGUUAUCGGUGCAGGAAGGAUUACCAAAUUAUGCAGUCGGGCUUCCUGCGCCUCCAGGCCGUCUACAGGUCGAGGAAGCACUACAGAAGCUACCGGAUGACUCGCCUCCGCGUGACUCUCAUCCAAGCCCGUUGCCGUGGUUUCCUGAUCCGGCAGACAUUCUGGCGGCGUCUGCGUGCCGUGUUGACCAUCCAGGCCUACACCAGGGGCAUGAUAGCCAGACGCCUCUGCCAGAGGCUCAGGGCAGAGCUGCAGCGUCGCCUGGAAGCCGAGCGCCAGCGCCUGGCGGAGGAGGAGCAGCUGCGAAACCAGAUGACGGCUCGGCGGGCCAAGGCGGAGGCCGAGAGGAAACACCAGCAGCGGCUCGUACAACUGGCCCAGCAGCAGGAGGAGAGGGAGCGGGAGGAGAGGGAGGAGGCGAGGAGGAAGAAGGAGAUGCUGGAGCAGAUGGAAAGGGAGAAGGAGCAGCCCGUCGAUCACUCUGACAUGGUCGACCGUGUGUUCGGUUUCCUGGGGAACUCGGGGCCGUUACCCAAUCAGGACGGACAAGCGCCAGCUGGCUUUGAAGACUUGGAGAACACUCCUCGUGGCGAGGAGGCCGAGGAGGAGGUGCUGAAUGAAGCUCCGCCGUUACCUGAUGAAGAAGAGGAGGAUUUGUCCGAGUACAAGUUCUCCAAGUUUGCGGCCACCUACUUCCAGGGCGUUUCCACUCACACCUACAUCAGACGGCCGCUGAAACAACCUCUGCUUUUCCACGAGGAUGAAGGAGAUCAGCUGGCUGCAUUAGCCGUGUGGAUCACCGUGCUGAGGUUCAUGGGGGAUCUCCCUGAGCCCAAGUGCCAGAUGGUCAUUAACGACGGCAGCGAGAAGAUCCCCGUCAUGACCAAGAUCUACGAAACCCUCGGCAAGAGGACCUACAAGAGGGAGCUGCAGGAGCUGCAGGUGGAAGGAGAGAACAGCUCCAUAGACAUCCAGAAGAGGAACAGCGUCAGACAUAAACUUGUGUCUCUCACCCUGAAGAGGAAAUCCAAGAUCACAGAGGAGGUCACCAGGCGGCUGACAGAUGGCGACUACGCCCUCCAGGGGAACAGCAUGCUGGAGGACCGACCCACCUCCAACCUGGAGAAGCUUCACUUCAUCAUCGGCAACGGCAUCUUACGCCCCGCCCUCAGGGACGAGAUCUACUGUCAGAUCUGCAAACAGCUCACUCAGAACCCGUCCAAGAGCAGCCACGCCCGAGGCUGGAUCCUGCUGUCGCUCUGCGUGGGCUGCUUCGCCCCGUCCGAAAAGUUUGUCAAAUAUUUACGGACGUUUUUGAUCAACGGUCCCCCUGGUUACGCUCCGUAUUGCGAGGAAAGGUUGAGGAGGACAUUUGUCAAUCGUACACGGACUCAGCCGCCAUCGUGGUUGGAGCUGCAGGCCACUAAAUCUAAGAAGCCCAUCAUGCUGCCAGUUACAUUUAUGGAUGGCACCACCAAGACCCUCUUGGCAGACUCGGCCACCACGGCCAGCGAGCUCUGCAACGCUCUGGCGGACAAGAUCAACCUGAGAGAUCGAUUUGGCUUCUCGCUGUACAUCGCCCUGUUUGACAAGGUGUCGUCGCUGGGCAGCGGCAGCGACCACGUCAUGGACGCCGUCUCCCAGUGUGAGCAGUAUGCGAAGGAGCAGGGCGCCCAGGAGAGGAACGCCCCCUGGAGGCUGUUCUUCAGGAAGGAGAUCUUCAGCCCCUGGCACAACCCCGCUGAGGACUACGCCGCCACAAACCUCAUUUACCAGCAGAUCGUCCGCGGGGUGAAGUUCGGAGAGUACCGCUGCGAGAGGGAGGAGGAUUUAGCAGAGCUGGCCUCUCAGCAGUACUAUGUGGAUUAUGGCUCCGAGAUCCUCCAGGAGCGUCUGCUCAGCCUCAUCCCCUCCUACAUCCCCGACAGAGAAAUCACCUCGACUAAGACGGCAGAGAAGUGGGUUCAGCUCAUCAUCAGCGCCCACAAAAAGGGAUUAUACACGAAGAGGAGGAUGAACACGCAGAGGGUGAAGGAGGACGUGGUGGAUUUCGCUCGUUUAAAGUGGCCUUUACUCUUCUCACGCUUCUACGAGGCCUUCAAAUUCUCAGGGCCGAGUCUGCCCAAGAACGACGUGAUCGUGGCAGUGAACUGGACCGGGGUUUACUUUGUGGACGAGCAGGAGCAGGUUCUUCUGGAGCUUUCUUUCCCAGAGAUCACCGCUGUGUCCAGCAGCAGAGGGGGUAAACUCCAGGGCCAGAGCUUCACCUUGGCCACCAUGAAAGGAGACGAGUACACGUUCACCUCCAACAACGCAGAGGACAUCCGCGAUCUGGUGGUCUCCUUCCUGGAGGGUCUGAGGAAGAGGUCCAAGUAUGUGGUGGGACUCCUGGACUGUCCCAACCCCGUGGGGGCGGACUCCCCGUUCCUGAGUUUCUCCAAAGGGGAUCUGAUCAUCCUGGACGAACACGACGGAGAGCAUGUGAUGAACUCCGGCUGGGCUCACGGCAUCAACGACAGGACCAAACAGAGAGGAGACUUCCCUGCUGACUGCGUCUACGUGCUGCCCACUGUCACCAGACCACAGUACGACAUAGUGGCUCUGGUCACCAUGACUCCCGAUCAGAGGCGAGAAUCCAUCGGUUUGUCCCAGAUGAACCUCUCCGGCCAUGAGGACAAAACAAAGGCCUACACGCUGGAGCUAUUCUCCUACGACUACUUCAGGGCUCCUCCUAAGAGCACUCUGAGCAGGGUGAUGAUCUCUAAAGCCCGAGGGAAGGAGCGUCUGUGGAGCUGCACCAGGGAGCCUCUCAAACAGCCUCUGCUGAAGAAAGUCCUGGCUCACGAGGAGCUCUCCCAGGAGGCCUGCCUGGCCUUCAUAGCUGUGAUGAAGUACAUGGGCGACUACCCGUCCAAACGAGCGCGCUCUGUCAACGAGCUCACCGAUCAGAUCUUUGAAGGAGCGCUGAAGGCCGAGCCGCUCAAAGACGAGAUCUUCUGUCAGGUUCUCAAACAGCUCACCGACAAUCCCAUCAAGUACAGUGAGGAGAAGGGCUGGGAGCUGCUGUGGCUCUGCACUGGUUUGUUUCCUCCCAGUAACAUCCUGCUGCCUCACGUCCAGAAGUUCCUCCAGGCCAAGAAGCACUAUCCUCUGGCUCCGGACUGCAUGCAGCGGCUACAGAAAGCCUUACGAAAUGGAUCGAGAAAGUAUCCUCCUCACCUGGUGGAGGUGGAGGCCAUCCAGCACAAGACCACUCAGAUCUUCCACAAAGUUUACUUCCCCGACGACUCAGACGAGGUGUUUGAGGUGGAGUCGAGCACCAAAGCCAAAGACUUCUGCCACAACAUCUCCGGACGUCUGAUGCUCAAAUCCUCCGAGGGCUUCAGCCUUUUCGUCAAGAUCACUGACAAGGUUAUCAGUGUGCCCGACGGAGACUUCUUCUUCGACUUUGUGAGGCACCUGACCGACUGGAUCAAGAAAGCCAGACACGUAAAAGACGGUGUAGUGCCUUCACUGACGUAUCAGGUGUUCUUCAUGAAGAAGCUGUGGACCAACACCAUGCCGGGAAAAGACUCCAUGGCCGACUCGAUCUUCCACUACUACCAGGAGCUGCCUAAGUACCUGCGAGGCUACCACAAGUGUUCGAGGGAGGAGGUGCACCAGCUGGCGGCGCUGAUCUACAGGGUGAAGUUCGACGAGGAUAAAUCCCACUUCCAGAACAUUUCCAAGAUCCUGAGGGAGCUCGUCCCACAGGACCAGGUCCGACACCUGUCCCCCGACGACUGGAAGCGGUCCGUCUUGUCGCUGUACAACAAACACGCAGGGAAGACUCGAGAAGAAGCCAAACUCUCCCUCCUCAAAAUCAUUUACAAGUGGCCCACGUUUGGCUCCGCCUUCUUUGAAGUGAAGCAAACGACUGAUCCAAAUUACCCAGAAACCCUCCUGAUAGCGAUCAACAAACAUGGAGUCAGUCUGAUUGAUCCAAAGUCUAAGGACAUCCUCACCACUCACCCCUUCACUAAAAUCUCCAACUGGAGCAGCGGCAACACGUACUUCCACAUCACCAUCGGAAACCUGGUCAGAGGCAGCAAACUGCUGUGUGAAACCUCACUGGGUUACAAAAUGGACGACCUCCUGACCUCUUACAUCAGCCAGAUGCUGACGACCAUGACCAAACAGCGAAGCACCCGGGGCAACAGCAAGUGAGCAGACGACGGCCGGAAACUCAUCGAUCACGGUCAAUCAAUCCUGCAUCCACACACACACACACAGACACAGAGCUGUCCACAUACACACAGUGUGAAUACAUGUAAACACACUUAUUGUCCCACUGAGGGUUUAUUAAGACAGACGACUGAUGGUGAACUGUGACACUGUACUGCCAACGUUUUCAUUGAUGUUAUUAUGUAUCGGCCCUGUCUUAAAACUCACCCAUUGCCUUUAAAUGACCUUUUCCCAACACGUCAC